AUGGCAAUUUCUUCUGCGAAAUUGGAAAGAUUAAGAAUACUGGAAUAUUCUACUAAUAAUCGGAUACCUAUAGAUUCUCAAUUAUCACAAUAUUUGGCAGCAAUGAAACAGCAAAAUGGCAAUGAAUAUUCUGUCACUUUCAUUCAUAUACCGUCGACAGGAGAAUUUUUCACUAAAAAAAUUCUCUGUGAAAAAACGGAGGGUGAGACAACGGGUGAAAAAUUAUAUAGGGUUACGUGGGGUGAAAAAGUGUUGGCGAUACUAGAGCUGUGGAAUAUGUCCAAAAAUUUCUUUGGAUAG